CUCAAUGAGGGAGAACGUCACAUCUACACCAAGCUCACCGAAACUCUUUCCCCUCACAAGUUGAGAGUUGCUGAUGUUUCAGGUGGUUGUGGAUCUAUGUACGCUAUUGACAUUGCCUCCAAAGCGUUUGAGGGCACCAGCAUGGUGAAACAGCAUCGCAUGGUAAAUGAAAUCUUGAAGCAGGAAAUCAAGGGAAUGCACGGACUGCAGGUAAAA